AUGUUUUUACAAUCAUCACGUUUAAUAACAAUGUCAAAUGAUUUAACACGUAUAAAUUUUACUGAUUUACAUGAACAAAUCAAUUGGUUAAUUGAAUGUGAUUUAAAUUUAUUUAAUAAAAUCGAACAAUGUUUUAAAAAUUUAUUUCAUUGUCAAACAAUGUUAACAAUACAUAAUUGGACAACAUUUAUUGAUACAUUAUUAGAUGAUUAUUUAAUUCUAUAUAAUAAUACAAAAGAAUAUAUCUAUAAUGCUCGACAAUUUUUAUUAAAAACAAAUUUUUAUUGUUCAUUAAUCUUACGUGAAUUAACAUUAUAUUAUGGGACAUCACUUGGUUCAUUUCAUUUAUUACAAUUAUUUAUUGAAGAAUAUCUUUAUUAUCGUAUUGAAGAAAAAAUCUCAUUUUAUUUAAAUCAAUCACGUAUUAAUUUAGUUCUAGAUAAUUUUAAUAAUAAACAAGAAAAAAAUUUUAUUAAUAAAACUUAUCAAGAUUUAUUUAAUGACGAUGAUAUUGAUGAUGAUUUAGAAAGUUUAUCAGAUGAUUUUAAUGAACAUAGAAAUCUUCUUAAACCUUUAUCACCUGUUCAAAUUGAUGAUUUUAUUUUACCUAAUGAAACAAUAACAAAUUCAUUUUCAUAUAUAUUUGAAGAUUUACAACCAUUAUCAAAUGAAAUAUUUUGA